AUGUCCACCUCAGCUUGUGCUUCGGAUAUCGCGUCUAACUGGAUAGAUGAUUUCUCCAAAGCUCUUGCUUCUGGGGAAACCUGCAACGUCCUAUCAUGUAUUCUCCCUGACGGCUGGCUUCGCGACAUCCUUGUGUUUACAUGGGCCAACCGCUCCCUUCAAGGACAUGAGAAGAUCUCAUCGUAUCUCAACAGUGAUGGCAACAACAGAGUCGUUUCAGCAAAGAUAUCCAAUGUAGCGCUGGAGACGAAGGAGUUUUUGACUCCAGAGUACGCGUCAGCGACUGGGUCGGUCGCGUCGGGGUUUACGUUCAGCACAUCUGUGGGCACAGGAUGCGGAUAUGUGCAUCUCUUCCCUGAUGCGCAAGGUGUGUGGAAAGCACUGUCCGUACUCAUGAUGCUUGACGAGCUUUACGGACAUCCCGAGGACGGUCCUGAGCUUGGAGUGUAUGGCGAGCAUACAUUAGCUUGGGAGGAUGUUCACAAAAAGCGAAGGGAAAGUGUCGAGGCGAAUCCUCAUGUCUUGAUUAUUGGGGCUGGACAAACAGGCUUGACAAUCGCGGCUCGUUUCCGCCAGAUGAAUCUGCCUACGCUGGUAAUAGAAUCUAACCCGCACGUGGGUGAUAACUGGCGAGCUCGGUAUCCGACCCUUACUUUACAUACUCCGCGGACUCAUUUCCAGUUUCUGUAUCAUCAAUAUCCGACCAACUGGCCGAUAUACGCUUCGCGUAAUAAGGUUGCGAAUUGGCUGGAGCACUAUGCUAUCAAUCAAGACAUGCACGUGUGGACAAACUCUCGGCCUACUGGCGUUCCCACCUAUGACCCUGAAACGAAGAAAUGGACUAUUGUCAUCAACCAUCAGGGUGUCCCUACCACUCUUCAUCCUACUCACAUCGUCUGCGCGUCCGGAAUUCUUGGUGCUCCUCGAAUACCCGCGAUCGAAGACAGAGAUGUAUUCAAGGGGACCGUCCUCCACGCUGAGAAGUAUGGUGGUGGUAAGUCUUACAAAGGCAAACGAGUUAUUGUCGUCGGCGCGGGAAAUACUAGCGCAGAUAUUUGCCAGGAUCUUGUCACGCAGGGCGCCGAGUCCGUGACCAUGGUUCAGCGUUCAUCGACCUGCGUCGUCGCGAAGCAUCCUGGUUUCACCAAUGGCCUGCUAAACUUGUGGCCUGAGGGUGUUCCGCAUGAGAUAUCUGACCUCAAGUUCCUGUCCAUACCCUUGCCGUUGCGAAUGAAGAUGGCUAGUGCUCGUGCUGGGGAGUUGGCGGAGGCUGAGCGCGAGAUGCAUGAUGGUCUGAGAAAGGCAGGACUCGAUGUUAAUAUGGGACAAGAUGGGUCUGGCCAGUUCCCAAUGGUAUUCCAGAGGCUUGGAGGUUAUUGGAUCGACGUCGGCUGCGCAGAGCUCAUCAUUUCAGGAAGCGUCAAAGUCAAACAAGGUGUCGAGCUUCAGCGAUAUCUGAGUGAUGGUGUAGUUUUCACAGAUGGUUCCAAGCUGGACGCCGAUGUUGUGAUCUAUGCGACCGGCUAUCAUAACAUCCGUGAUUCCCUUAAGAAUGUGUUCGGCGGAGUCAUCACGGAGCGCGUAGGUCAAAUUUGGGGCCUCGACGAAGAGGGCGAAUUGAACGGUUGUUUCAAACCAUCUGGUCAUCCAGGCCUCUGGUUUGGUGGCGGUGAUAUAAGCCUAUGCCGAAUUUUCUCUAAGCGCAUGGCCCUCGAAGUGAAAGCCAUUCAACUUGGUUUGGUUAAUCAAUGA